GUGACCUCCUACGGUGGAGAGUUGCGCUACACCAUCAGCCACGAUGCCUUCCCUGGAUCCCCUCUGCUGCGCGGCCGGGCUGACGUUCUGAUCCAGGGAAAUGGCAUUUUCUUGGAGCACGUGACUGCAAGCACCCCUCUGCCCGGCGAGCCAACCACCUUUGUGGUGCCCUUCCGGGAGCAAGCCUGGCACCGUGCCAAUGGGCAGAACGCCACCCGACAGCACCUUCUGAUGGCGCUGGCUGACAUUGAUCUUUUCAUGAUCCGGGCCUCCUAUGCCGAGCGGCCUUCUGAGACCAGGAUCUCUGACAUCCACAUGGACGUGGCAGUGCCACACACCACAGGCCUGAGCCCAGCCCCAGAGGUUGAGGACUGCACUUGCCCGCCUGGCUACCGAGGGCCAUCCUGCCAGGACUGCGACGUUGGGUACACACGCAGCUCUAGCGGCCUCUAUCUGGGCACCUGCGAGCCAUGCAGUUGCAACAGUCAUGCCACCGAGUGCGACGUGGAGACGGGAGAGUGCCAGGGCUGCCAGCACCACACGGAAGGGCUCCACUGUGAACGUUGCCAGCCUGGAUUCUAUGGGGAUGCCCAGCACGGGACGCCCAGGGACUGCCAGCCGUGCCCCUGCCACGGACCAUCCUCAGCCAUCCAAGAAACCAGGACCUGUUUUGUGGAUGCCGACGGAGAGCCCACCUGCUAUUCCUGUGCCCCGGGUUACAUCGGGCGCCAGUGUGAAAGGUGCGCUCCUGGCUACGUUGGGAGCCCUAGCCUGGGUCAGCCCUGCACAGAUUCCACCUCCCGAUGCCAUUGCAACCCCCACGGCAGCAUCAGCCAGCGGUGCGAUGCCAGUGGGCGAUGCCAGUGCAAGGAUCACGCCGAGGGCAUCUCCUGUGACAGCUGCCGCCCUCACCACUUCCACCUGAGCGCGGAGAACCCCCUGGGCUGCCUGUCCUGUUUCUGCAUGGGGGUGACCCAGCAAUGCACAAGCUCAUCCUACUACCGGGACGUGGUCAGCACCUCCUUCCUUCCCGGAGAUUUCCAGGGCUUUGCGCUGGUCAACCGCCAGCGCAGCGUCCGCCUCCUGACCGGCUUCACGGUGGAGAUGUCCCCCGAGGGCCUUCUGCUCUCCUACGACCAAUUUGGGGAGCUGAGCCAGGAGUCUAAUUUCUGGCAGCUGCCGGACGCCUACCUGGGAGACAAGGUGAGUCCAGGUGGGAGGGCGGGGCUAACCCGGCACCUUAUACGGGGCAUUUGUAGGAGCUUUGGGGGUGGCGGG